AUGAAUUCGUCCAAUACCAAAUCUACAAGUACAAGUAAUUCCAAUGCCCUCUCCCGAAGGAGGGCCGGUCUAGUGGCAGCUCAUGAGGCAAGAGGAAGCAGUCGACGUUCGACUGCUAGCGCCCCUGCAAUCAGGCCAACUGUGAGCCAAGAACUGAGUAUGAGAGCUCUGAACUUGUUGGAUCGCUAUAAUAGAGGUGGACAACAUCAACCAACGAGAUCCGAAUCCUGUUCGGAUCUUUGCUAUAGCAGGACAACCCCUGUCCUGAAGAAGAAAACGAAGAAGGAUCGGGCCAAUAUUCCCUCCCUGGAUCAAAAGAUACAGACUCUCAUGAACUUGGAAGGACACGAGGCGCUCCACUCCAGUCUGAUUUCGUCUCCCAUUCCACCGCAAAGGGAAUUAUCCAAUCCAAAUCUGUGUCCCAGUGGACACUCCAGAGCGACCGUGUUGUUGGAAGAUCAGGUCCAUCCGACAACCAUUCCUGAUCCUCACCAAAAAGAACAGACCUUUCGAAAUCGUCAAGGCCAAGAGUUUCUACAUUCCAGCAUGACAUCUCCCCUCCAGCCAUUCCGGGAACCAUCCAAUCCCAACCUCUGCCCGAGUGGUCACUCCAGAGCUAGUAGUAGUACCGUUGAUCACCCCACAACCGUCAUCCCUGACAUUGACCAAAAGGCUCUGACACUGCGACAGAAUCAGAGCAUGCACUCGUCGUCCCCCUUGAUAAAGCCAACCAGGGAACCUUCCAAUCGCAGCAUAUUAUUAGGCACUAGUAGUAGCCACCACAACUCUGUGGCAACACCCUCGGCUCAUCCGUCCUUGCCAUCCCUCAUGUCCUUGCCCACCACCCCCAACACUGUUACUUCCACAACCAUUGCAAGCUACGUAUUUGAUGAGGCCUGUUCAGAAGAAGACGAUGACAUUUUAUCCGAAGAAGAGACGGAAACGACCUAUCAUCAUCAUGAUAUCACCUUGAAGUACCCGCUCUUGGGGCCAACCACUAGUGCAACCAACACGGUGGCACUGGCAUCGGUGGGAGAAAACGUGGAACGAGUGGACGACGAUGUCAGCCAACUGAAACGGUACUGGGCCGACUUGGGAGAACGCAUCCAUGCCAUGGAAGAAGAAUCCGCAGAAAAGGCGACGACGACGGCGAAUUGGGACAUUGAAGGAUCGUUGGCAGAACUCUUGAAACGGAUUGAAGCCAUUGAAUCGCAGCAAGCAAAAAGGGAUCAACAAGAGCUCAAGAUGGUGGGCGGCCGCGUCGCCGAGAAGAAACCCUCUCUGGGCCCUUCGCCUAUGGAAAAGAGCAAAAGCAAGAGCCGAUCGGCCAGUUCCGCCAAGACAGCAUCCAGCAGCCGCACCAAGAAGAGUAGUCGUUCGUCUCAUACUACUACCGGUACGACGACGACAAAGCCUCGUCGCAGCAAGAGUGCCGAUGCUGGUCCACGGAAAAGCAGCCGUUCCAAGAAACGGUCCGAGUCUGUGUCGCGUCCAUCGUCUUCUUCCAAAUCCACAUCCCAAAAGCCCACUGGUAGUAGGAAAAGUCGGUCCAGCCACAAGGAUCCAACCACGAUGCAGGAUGGAAGUGCUUCUUCGUCCCGCAUGGUGGAUGAGAGUGGAGGCUCGCAAAAGCCCACGAGUAGUAGGAAAAGUCGUGCCAGCCACAAGGAUCCAGCGACAAUGCAAGAUGGCAGUGCCUCUUCGUCCCGCAUGGUGGACGAAAGUGGAGGAUCACAAAAGCCCACAAGUAGUAAGAAAAAUCGUGCCAGCCACAAGGAUCCAGCGACAAUGCAGGAUGGCAGUGCCUCGUCGUCCCGCAUGGUGGAUGAGAGUGGAGGGUCGCACAGCAGUCGACGCAGCAAUGGCCUCCUUCAGGACGGAUCCGGUCGAAGACGUGUCAAACGACGCGAUUCGCUGGAACGUCACAUCAUCAUGUCGAUCCCUGGGAAGCGACUGAGUUCGAGGCGUCUCAAGGCGGCAAGGUCCAAGUUGGUUCAUGUAGCUGGCACCAAGAGCGAGAAUGACGCCAGUGUCGUGGCGGCAUCACGAGGAGGCAAGCAGGUCAAGGGGAGAUCACCACGAGGAGAUGAUGCACUCUUGAAGGCUGCAUCAUCUCCCGGAUCAACCAGCUUUGCAUCGCCCUCCAGCAAACCCAGCCCAUCCAGCAGCAGAGCCAGCUCUUCUGUUAGCAGCAAAUCCCGUCGCCCCAUGUCUUCUUCUUCUUCCAGACAACGUCGCAUAUCCAGGUACUCUAACCGUUCCUUGUCACGGUUGGACGCUCGCCCCGCACCUGUGUUGGGUGACCUUGACACGAUGGAUGUUUCCUGGUGGCGCUACCAUCACGAACAGCAAUCGGUCGCUUCUAGCUCGGCCGGAUCCAUGCCCGUCAUGAACAAGCUCCGAUCACGAGCGGGGAACAAGUUAGAAUUUUGA